AUGGCCGCUGAAGACGACCAAUCUCAGCCUCUCUCGACGAAGAGACGGCAUUCCGCCGUCGAGGGUGACGACGACAAUGGAAAUGAGUCGUCCUCGGAUGAUGACUUCGGACCUGCCCUGCCCUCUGCCGAUGCGCCAAAGAAAAAACGGCGAAAGCUCCCCUUCGAGAAGGUCUACGUAAAUGCGCUGCCCACCUCGUCGAGAUACUCCAAAUCCCUUAUGCACAAGGACCAAUUAUCCUUUGUGACCAUGUCUCCACACACCGAUUUCCUGAUCACCUCGUCAAUUGAUGGUUUUGUUAAGUUCUGGAAAAAGAUGGCGGUCGGCAUCGAGUUCGUCAAGGAGUUCCGCGCUCACAGCACCGAGAUUAGGAGCGUCAGUGUAAGCGCCGAUGGAAGGAGCUUUGCGACAGCGGGAGCCGACAAAACGGUCAAAAUCUUUGAUGUCAUCACGUUUGAUUUACUGGCCAUGAUCACACUCGACUUGACUCCGCGCUAUGUUUGCUGGGUGCAUCGACGAGGCGCAUCAUUGCCAUUGCUGGCGGUAACGGACGAAGAGAGCAGUGCGAUUCAGGUCUUCGAUGGGCGCGGUGAGAAUGUCACUCCCUUACACACGGUCAAGUCGAUCCACCGCAACCCCGUCGCUGCCAUUGCGUUCAACGACGCCUACGAUUGUGUCAUCUCGGCCGACGAAUCCGGGAUGAUCGAAUACUGGCGAGCAGGCGAUGGCUCCUUUGAGAAGCCCGACAACGUCUUCGAACUGAAGUCAUCUACCAACCUCUUCGAAUUCAAAAAGGCCAAGUCGGUCCCAACAUCCCUGACCAUCUCACCGUCGGGCAAGCAAUUCGCCACAUUCUCCUUUCCAGAUCGCCAAGUGCGAGUUUUUGACUUCCCCACGGGCAAGCUGCACCGCAAAUACGAUGAAUCACUGUCCACUCUGACCGACAUGCAACAAGCCGGCACGGCCAUCUACCAGCUAGACGAACUGGAAUUUGGCCGUCGGCUGGCAGUGGAGCGAGAACUCGAAAACCCAAUAACUAAGCCCCGGGUAAAUGUCAUCUUCGACGAGUCGGGGCAUUUCAUUCUCUACGGCUCUUUAUACGGCGUCAAAUGCAUCAACACGUACACGAACCGCGUGGUUCGCGUUUACGCGAAAGACGAACCGUUCCGGGCGCUUAACCUUGCCAUGUAUCAGGGCCAACCGCAGAAGAAGGGUGUAGUGACCGUAUCCAUGGCCGCCAGUUCGAACCCUCUCCUCCAGGAAGCCGAAGAGCGAGACCCGAUCCUGAUCAGCACCGGGUUUGCGAAGAUCCGAUUCUACCUGUUCACCAACGAGACCGAGAUUUCUAAAUCCUCGCGCGACGUCCAGAACGAACGUCCCACACAAUCUACCGGCGGCCACGAGACAGCUACCCAGAAGACUAAAGAACUCGGCACGUCCGCCAUCCUCCACACAACAAUGGGCGACAUCCAUUUACGUCUCUUCCCAUCCGCCGCGCCCAAAGCCGUCGAGAAUUUCGUGACCCAUGCGCGCGAUGGCUACUACAACAAUACCAUCUUCCAUCGGGUGAUCCGCAAAUUCAUGAUACAGGGCGGUGAUCCUAUGGGCGACGGAACGGGCGGCGAGUCCAUCUGGGGUGGGGAGUUCGAGGAUGAAUUCUCCAGUUUGAAGCACGACAAGCCUUACACCUUGUCCAUGGCGAAUGCGGGACCGAAUACCAACGGCAGCCAGUUUUUCAUCACGACGGAAAAGACGCCCUGGUUGGACAACAAACACACUGUGUUUGGUCGGGCUGUCCAGGGUCUCGAUGUGGUGCAUAAGAUCGAAAAUACCAAGACUUACAAGGAAAAGCCCGAGCAAGAUAUUAAAAUCGUCAGUAUUACUAUGUCAUGA